UUGGGGGCGGUGACGUGCCCGGUGUGGCGGAGGCGCGCGUUGGAGGGCCAGGGCGGGCUAGUGGGCAAAGACACUACGAUCUUUGCUAGCGGGUGUCAUGGCGCUGCCUGCAGGAGGAGAAGCGGGGGGCGGCGGAGACGCGGACCUCGGGCGCUACCGUUCGCCCCUGGUCAGCCGGUACUCGUCCCCGGAGAUGGCCUUCAACUUCAGCGAGGCCAAGAAGUUCAACACGUGGCGCCGGCUCUGGCUGUACCUGGCCAGGGGCGAGAGGAUGUUGGGAUUGCCGAUCACCGAGGAGCAGCUCCAGGAAAUGGAGUCAAAUCUGGAAAACAUUGAUUACAAGAUGGCUGUCGAGGAGGAGAAGAAGCUGCGUCACGAUGUGAUGGCCCACGUCCACACGUUUGCCCACUGCUGCCCCAAGGCCGCUGCCAUCAUCCACCUUGGAGCCACCUCCUGCUACGUCGGGGACAACACGGAUCUGAUCGUUCUCCGCGAUGGUUUCGACAUCCUCCUGCCCAAGCUGGCGCGAGUCAUCAGCCGUCUGGCGGACUUUGCCCAGGAGCACGCCACUCUCCCAACCCUCGGCUUCACCCACUACCAGCCGGCCCAGCUGACCACGGUGGGGAAGCGCUGCUGCCUCUGGAUCCAGGACCUGUGCAUGGACCUGAGGAACCUGGAGCGCGCCCGUUCCGAGCUGCGUUUCCGGGGGGUGAAGGGAACCACGGGCACCCAGGCCAGCUUCCUGCAGCUCUUCGAGGGAGACCACUGCAAGGUCGAGGAGCUCGAUCGCCUGGUGACGGAGAUGGCCGGAUUUCAACAGACCUACAUGGUGACGGGACAGACGUACAGUCGCAAGGUGGACAUCGACUCUGUGGCCGUACUCUCCAGCCUUGGAGCCUCAGUGCACAAGAUCUGCACUGAUAUCCGCCUGCUGGCAAAUCUGAAGGAGAUGGAGGAGCCCUUUGAGAAAGAACAGAUCGGCUCCAGCGCCAUGCCCUACAAGAGGAACCCGAUGCGCAGUGAGCGCUGCUGCAGCCUGGCCCGCCACCUCAUGAUGCUGGUCCUGGACCCGCUGCAGACCGCAGCCGUGCAGUGGUUCGAGCGCACGCUGGACGACAGCGCCAACAGGCGCAUCUGUCUGCCCGAGGCGUUCCUCACGGCAGACGUGAUCCUGAGCACACUGCAGAACAUCACGGAGGGGCUGGUCGUUUACCCAAAGGUGAUUGAGCGUCACAUCCUUCAGGAGCUGCCCUUCAUGGCGACCGAGAACAUCAUCAUGGCCAUGGUGAAGGCCGGGGGGAACCGGCAGGAUUGCCACGAGCGGAUCCGCGUCCUCUCCCAGCAGGCGGCGGCCGUGGUCAAGCAGGAGGGGGGCGACAACGACCUGAUGAGCAGGAUACGCAGCGACCCCUACUUCAGCCCCAUCCACGGGCAGCUGCAGCUGCUGCUCCGCCCCAGCUCCUUCAUCGGCCGCGCCCCACAGCAGGUUGUCCGAUUCCUGGAGCAAGAGGUGCGGCCGAUGCUGGUCCGGUACGCCAGCCAGAUGGAGGGAAAGGUGGAGCUGGAGCUGUGAGAAACGGCGAAGAACAGUAGUGGUCCCCGCACCUCGGUGUUGCCGUUCAUUCAAGACAUGCGGGGCAAGGCACGGGUGGGAAUCAUGCUUUUGAUUUGUGUUCUGCUUGACUAGAGAGUGUUAAUGUGUACAGGUUCUCCCAAGGUUUACGAGAGCUCACGAUACAGAGAUCCCACACAUAGGAACGAGUGCUGGGGACGGCAAGGUGGAUUACAGAAAGAUUCUGCUGUGUGGGAACUCAGUUCCCGGUAACAUCAUUGCAUCUUGCAGAGAAAUCUAGCUGAGUUAAACCCCCUAGUUUUAACUACACAAUGGCCUUAAUAGGCCAACGCUUUUUUAAUAUAUUAGAAACAAGGAACUGCAGGUGCUGGUUUACCAAAAAAAAUGGAGCAAAGUGCUGGAGUUACUCAGUGAGCCAGGCAGCAUCUCUGGAGAACAUGGAUAGGUGAUGUUUCGGGUUGGGAGAGUGUAAAAGCAUCUCAAGCUGAAGCAUCAUCUAUCCAUGUUCUCCA